GAUAUUUGAAAAAAAAAAUGUAAUAGGUGAAAAAAUAAUAAAAAAAUUAAGUGAAAGGUGCAAACUUGGUAAUGAUGUGGUUUGUUGACCGUUAGUCAACGCAUUUGACCGUUCAAAAUAAUGGUGAAACAUUGGGUUUGACCUUAAACACAAGAUCACCGUCAUGGUCAGUAGAGUAUCCGACAUAUCUGUCGUAGUCAAGAGCUCGAUCACGAUAGUUCCGCUGAAAUCACGGCUCCCUGUCUCACACGUCCCGACCCGACCCGACCCAACAAAACCGAUGGAUGUGGAGGCUGUGGAGCUCAUCUUGUCUGGAUUUCGAAGAAAGGAAAACAAUCCCAUAUCCAAACAUCUUCGUCAAGGUCCGGCCCACUUCUACAGAUUUUCUACCUGGGCCUUUUGGGGGACAAGCCCAGACCGCCAAACUGGCGGUACAUCGAGAAUCUGAAAAGUUUGGGCGGGAAAAAACAAUUCACACUUAGAUCUCGCGCGGGAAAAUGACAUCUCCCGCCCUAGAAAGGCUGAAAGAAGAAUCCGAUCUGACCCCAUAUUCUGCUAUUCCGCUUUCCCUUAAUCUCUCACCAAAUCGGCAAAUCCUCCCUCGACGAUUCAGGGCUCUCUUAGGGUUUUCGAAAAAUGUUCUCCAGCAGCCAAUUCGACGGCGGUUUCAUGGCCUCCCAGUCGACUCAGAUGGGCGAUGGCACCCCAUCUGCCGCCAAAACUCGUGAUUCUCAUGGUUUGGUCCCCGCUACGGUGAAGAUGAUCAGCCAAGCUUCUCAGUCCGGCGACGAGAAGUCAAAAUUCGCCAUCAACGGGGUGGAUGUAACCAAUGUUACUGUGGUUGGAAUGGUGUCUGAUAUAGUGGAAAAGGUUACUGACAUGGGAUUCAUAAUAGAUGAUGGAACCGGCCGCAUUGGUUGCAAGAGAUGGGUUAGUGACGGAUUUGACAAAAUGGAAGCUGAAGCAAUACAGGAUGGGAAGUAUGUUCGUGUUAAUGGUCACCUGAAUUCCUAUCAAGGAACAACUAAUUUGGUUGCUUUCUCUGUAAGGCCUGUGACUAACUUUGAUGAGGUCACCUUCCACCAUAUUGACUGCAUAUAUUCUUAUCUGCAGAACACCAAAACAAAGCUGCCUCAGAAGGGAGAAUCCUCUUUCAGUACCCCUGUGAAGACUGAACCAAAUGGCUUCCAAACGUCUUCUAUGGACCAUUUGUCGAAACAGUACAGUAUCGACGGAUUGAAGGACUGCGAUCAGUUGGUCCUCGAGUGUCUGAAACAAAGCUCAGACAUGGGACAAGAGAAAGGGAUGCACGUCGACGAAGUAUGCAAACAUCUGAAACUCCCACUGGAGAAGAUCAAGGAAUCUGUUCGAUCUCUUGAAGAUGAAGGUCUGAUAUACUCAACGAUCGACGAGUUCCACUACAAAGCUACCUGAUCUUUCAGGACUCACAAGUGGCCUUAUUAUGCUUACUCUGAUUAUAUAGUACCCUCUACACUCUUCUCAGAUUCUAUCCUUCUGGUAUUUUAUUUGGUAGUAUGUGUAGUUAGCUAUAUUUCGUGCGCGGCAAGUGACAAUCUAGGUUUUCUGCAAGUCAGUUAUUAUCUGUUAGAGCUUGGCAUAGUAGCAGGCAACCUGCCUGUCUCCCCAUUGUCGUCAACUGCUGAGCUUGGCAUUGGCCAUAGGUAAGCUUGCAGCUUGGGAAGUGAUUGCAGACUUGCAGCUGGUGUUGGUUCACCCCCUUUCCAUCUCAAUAUAUUACAUAGUGAAUCAGUCAUUUCGGGCCUAGAACCCACUACCUAGUUUCACGAAAGCCGUUGGGCCAUUUUUGGAAGACCGGCCCAUUUUCCUACAAUCGGAUCCAAGCCCAAUGGAUCAAACAGAAGUGAUUCUCCUUCUCUGUCAUUGUCCAGUAUAACCGUUGUUCUUCAUUCCAACGUGUCACUUCACUGCCCUUUUUCCACAUAUUUCACCAUCCAAAUAAACCAAAUGAUAAUUA